AUGUACCUGUGCUGCAGCCACGAUGUAUGCAAAAAGAAGGAGGUGGAGAAGAUCCACCAGUUCCUUAUGGGUCUUAAUGCUGAGACCUAUGGAAAUGUUCGCUCUCAAAUUCUCAAUCUCGAGCCAUUCCCAUCCCUCGGUAAGAUUUAUUCUAUGAUCACGCAGGAGGAGCGUCAACGAUUAAUUGUUCGAGGGAGGGAAGAGAAGAUCGAGGGUGCUGCUUUCUCGGUUGGAAAAGUAGGCCCAAAGAAAGUACUGUUCGGAAAACUGAAAUGUGACCACUGUGGGAAGAUUGGGCACGAGAAGAGUCAUUGCUGGGAGUUGAUUGGAUAUCCUCCGAAUUGGGAGCCAAGGCGAGGUGGAAAGGGACACAAAGCAAAUCCUCCCGCUGCUAUACAUUCUACACAGGCUAGCACUUCUAACCCUAUUGCAGCUGCCGUUGAUUCUGAUAUAGAGCCUAAGAGUUAUACUGAAGCUAUUAAAAAUCCUUUGUGGAGAGAAGCAAUGGCUGUAGAAAUUAAAGCGUUAGAAGAUAACAAAACUUGGACUUUAGCAACUUUACCGGAAGUUGCAUUGGCUCGUAAUUGGGAGUUACAUCGGAUGGACGUUAACAAUGCAUUUCUCCAUGGUGACUUGGAUGAGGAAGUUUAUAUGAAGCUUCCACCAGGUUUCACGAAAAGGGGCAUAGAUCGCGUAGCUUUUGCUGUCAGCACUCCUGAGAAUUUCAAGCAAUGCCUAUCUCGUCACUCCAAAAAUAAUUACUCUUCGUAUUCUUCUGUGUUGGACAUUACCAUACAGAACCUGCGCUUCUUGACUCCUUCCGCUCCGAAACCUUUAUUCAUCGUGACGCCUCUCCACAUCUCCCACGUCCAAGCCGCCAUCGUUUGCUCCCGACGGUACGGACUCCACAUGAGGACCCGAAGCGGCAGUCACAACUAUGAGGGCCUUUCAUAUUUGUCCAAAGUUCCGUUUGUCAUUGUUGACAUGGGGAAUCUCCGAUCGAUCUCCGUGAAUGCGGAGGCUAAAACUGCAUGGGUCCAAUCGGGGGCAACGGUCGGCGAGCUUUAUUACAGGAUCACUGAGAAGAGCAAAACCCUAGGCUUCCCAGCUGGUGUCUGCCCCAUGGUCGGUGUAGGCGGGCACUUCAGCGGUGGAGGCUAUGGCAUGAUGAUGCGCAAAUACGGCCUCGCUGCCGAUAAUGUAAUCGACGCCCAGUUGGUCGAUGCCCAAGGUCAGCUCUUGGAUCGAGAAUCAAUGGGGGAAGAUCUCUUCGGGGCGAUCCGAGGCGGAGGAGGCGGCAGCUUUGGGGUGCUAGUGUCCUGGAAGGUCAAGCUCAUCCCUGUACCGUCGACCGUGACCGUGUUCACUCUCCUGAGGACGUUGGAACAAAAUGCGACGAAGCUCGUACACCAGUGGCAACUUGUCGCGAACAAGCUCCUUGAAGACCUAUUCAUACGGGUGAUCUUGCAGAGCUACAACUCCGGUCCCAAUGGGACGAGGACGAUGCAAGCCAUUUUCAAUACCCUUUACCUGGGUGGGGUCGACUCGCUCCUGGAGGUGACAAGGAGCAGCUUCCCGGAGCUCAACGUCAUGAGAGAGGACUGCACCGAGAUGAGCUGGAUUGAGUCGAUCCUCUACUUCGCGGGGUUCCCAAGCGGAGAGCCCUUGGAAGUGUUGCUCAACAGGAGCUCCAACACCAAAGCAUUCUUCAAGAACAAAUCGGAUUAUGUGAAGGAGCCAAUCCCCGAGAGUGGCUUAGAGGUUAUGUGGGAGAAGUUCUUUGAGGAAGAUGAAGGGGUGCCUAUAAUGAUUUGGAAUCCCUAUGGCGGGAAAAUGGCAGAAAUUUCCGAAUCUGCCAUUCCCUUCCCUCAUAGAGCUGGGGUUUUGUACAAGAUCCAGCACAGAACGGCCUGGACCACUGGAGGCAACGAGGUUGCUCCAAAGCAUGUGAGUUGGGUACUAAGCUUCUAUAGUUGUAUGGCGCAGUAUGUGUCGAAAUCGCCUCGAGAGGCCUACAUCAUCUCCAGGGAUCUCGACAUAGGAAUGAACAACGUGAAAGGCGACACGAGUUAUAAGCAAGCGAGCGCUUGGGGAAAGAAAUACUUCAAGAACAAUUUCGAAAGGUUGGUGUGUGUGAAGACCGCGAUCGAUCCCGACAACUUUUUCCGGCACCAGCAAAGUAUUCCUCCAUUUUUCAUCUUAAAAGUGUUAGGAUUUGGUGCACAAUUACAACGAACCACCGCCAUCACCUCUAGCUAUCAGCCACCAUUUGAUCCGUCGCCCAAGACCAUCACCACCACCGUCGCCGUCGCCGCAGCAGCACAGAAAGGCCGCGAGAUAGCCUUACAGCCGGAGUCCCCUGUUUUUGCAUCUACUACGGUUCUGUUCGGAUUUCUGCUGUUGCUGCGGUUCUGGACCAACAGCACCACUUUAGCCACUACCUCAGGCCUCCACCAACUUCCAGCCACCACCCUUGACCGCCGGAAGUCGCCGCAAAAUUCUGUCUCUGCUGCUGUUGCUCGCUAUUCCGUCCCCUACCGGCCAGCUCAGUCGGUCUCCGACGGCCCUCAGGCCUCCUUAGAUCUCCACCAUCGACCUCACGAAGCCUCGACGUCAGUGGAGUCCCAAGUAGCAGCCAAAACCACAAUCGGCAUCUGCUCUGUUUUCUGCCCUGCUCCCCUGCUUUCUGCCCACGCCAGCUGCAGCUUCUGUCCGCUGCUGUUCAGCCCCUCUCCGGCCACCACGAGCCACCGGCGACGUCCCCCGAUACCCCCUCAGACCCCCCACCAGCCUUCCCGGUCAACGCCUCUACCAUUCAUCGCUCCAAGGAGCCAAGAACAGCCCCGGCCAGCCACCAAUUCCCCUGUUUUUGGGCCUGGGCAGUUUCUGUUGGGCCUAAUCCAUGGCCUGCGAGUUGGGCUAUAG